UGCGCUUGGCGAGCCCGCCGGCCGGAGUGGCCCACCUCCCCCCCGCCCGCGACCCCCGGGGUGGCCUCUGGUGGACAUGGGCAGGGCCCUGGCCCCCGCCCUGCUGCUGACCUCCCUCCUGGGCUCCGUGGCGGAGCUGGGCCCGGGCGCGGGGGAGCCGGCCGUGACGGUGGCGGUGGUGUUUGGCGGCUCAGGCCCGCUGUGGCAGGAACGGAGCCCGGCUCACCCCCGCCUCAGCCCGCAGGGCUUUGUGGACCUGCCGCUGGAGGUCCGGCCGCUGCCCGUCGUGGUCAAUGACACCAACCCCGGCACCCUGCUGACGCGGCUCUGCGACCUGCUGGGCACCACCCAGGUCCACGGCGUCGUCUUCGAGGACAACGUGGGCACGGAGGCCGUGGCCCAGCUCCUCGACUUCGUCUCCUCCCAGACCCGAGUGCCCAUCGUCAGCAUCAGCGGAGGCUCCACCGUGGUCCUCACCCCCAAGGAGCCUGGCUCAGCCUUCCUGCAGCUGGGCGUCUCCUUGGAGCAGCAGAUCCAGGUGAUGUUUAAGGUGCUGGAGGAGUACAACUGGGGCUCGUUCUCCGUCAUCACGAGCCUGCACCCCGGCUACGGCCUGUUCCUGGAGGGCGUGCGCGCCUUCACGGACGCCAGCUACUUCGGCUGGGAGCUGCAGGACACGCUGACCCUGGAGCUGGGCCCGGGGACGGCGGGCUCCAGCACUCUGCGCCUGCUGCGCCAGCUGGACGCCGAGGUGCUGGUGGCCUACUGCUCCAGGGAAGAGGCCGAGGUCCUGUUCGCCGCCGCCGGGCAGGCCGGGCUCCUCGGCCCGGGCUACGUGUGGGUGGUGCCCAGCGUGGCGGUGGGCAGCACGGAGGCCCCGCCGCCCGCCUUCCCCGUGGGCCUGAUCAGCGUGGUGACGGACGCCUGGCGCCUCAGCCUGCAUCAGAAGGUGCGCGAUGGGGUCGCCGUCUUGGCCCUGGGGGCCCACAGCUACCGACGACGCUACGGAGCGCUGCCCCCGCCGGCCCGCGACUGCCGGGCGACCCCCGGACCCGCCGGCUCCGCCCGAGACGGCUUUUACAGGCACCUGCUGAACGUCACCUGGAAAGAGCGGGAUUUCUCCUUCCACGCCGGAGGCUACCUCGGGCGCCCGUCCAUGGUCGUCAUCUCGCUCAACCGGCACAGACUUUGGGAGAUGGUGGGGCGCUGGGAGCGGGGGAUAAUCCACAUGAAGUACCCGGUGUGGCCCCGUUACGGCUCCUUCCUGCAGCCGGUGGUGGACAGCCGGCACCUGACAGUGACCACUCUGGAAGAGCGGCCCUUCAUCAUCGUGGAGCGCCCCGACCCUGCCACCGGCGGCUGCGUCCCCAACACCGUGCCUUGCCGCCAGCAGGGCAACGGCACGGCCAGUGAUGGGCCUGGGGAACCUUACACCAAGCUAUGCUGCAAAGGCUUCUGCAUCGACAUCCUGAGGAAGCUGGCCAAAGUAGUCAAGUUCUCCUAUGACCUCUAUCUUGUCACCAACGGCAAACACGGCAAGAAGGUGCGGGGCGUCUGGAACGGCAUGAUUGGAGAGGUGUACUACAGGCGAGCGGACAUGGCCAUCGGCUCUCUGACCAUCAACGAGGAGCGUUCCGAGAUCAUCGACUUCUCCGUGCCCUUCGUGGAGACGGGCAUCAGCGUCAUGGUGGCCCGGAGCAACGGCACCGUCUCCCCCUCUGCCUUCUUGGAGCCGUACAGCCCUUCCGUGUGGGCGAUGAUGUUCGCGCUGGGUCUCACCGUGGUGGCCGUCACCGUCUUCACGUUUGAGUACUUCAGCCCCGGCGGCUACAACCGCGAUCUCGCCAGCGGCAAGAGGUCCGGGAGCUCCUCCUUUACCAUUGGCAAGUCGGUGUGGCUGCUGUGGGCGCUGGUCUUCAACAACUCGGUGCCCAUCGAGAACCCGCGGGGCACCACCAGCAAGAUCAUGGUCCUGGUCUGGGCCUUCUUCGCCGUCAUCUUCCUCGCCAGCUACACCGCCAACCUGGCGGCCUUCAUGAUCCAGGAGCAGUACAUAGAUACCGUGUCGGGGCUCAGCGACGGGAAGUUCCAGCGGCCCCAGGAGCAGUACCCGCCCUUCCGCUUCGGCACCGUGCCCAACGGCAGCACGGAACGCAACAUCCGCAGUAAUUACCGGGCCAUGCACGCGCACAUGGCCAGGUUUAACCAGCGCUCCGUGGAGGAGGCCCUCACCAGCCUCAAGAUGGGGAAGCUGGACGCCUUCAUCUACGACGCGGCCGUGCUCAACUACAUGGCGGGCAAGGACGAGGGCUGCAAACUCGUGACCAUCGGCUCCGGCAAGGUGUUCGCCACGACGGGCUACGGCAUCGCUCUGCAGAAGGGCUCGCAUUGGAAACGGGCCAUCGACCUGGCCCUGCUGCAGUUCCUGGGAGACGGGGAGACGCAGAAGCUGCAGGCAACAUGGCUGUCCGGAAUCUGCCAGAACGAGAAGAACGAGGUGAUGAGCAGCAAGCUGGACAUCGACAACAUGGCGGGUGUCUUCUACAUGCUGCUGGUGGCCAUGGGGCUGUCCCUGCUGGUCUUCGCCUGGGAGCACCUGGUCUACUGGCGACUGCGCCACCAGGUCCCCCAGGAGCCCCCGCCGCUGGACUUCCUGCUGGCCAUCAGCAGGGGCAUCUACAGCUGCUUUCGGGGGGUGGAGAACCCGGCCGCCAGCCCCGCGCCGUCCCCCAGCUCCGCCCAGGCCAACGUGCUGAGCCUGCUGCAGACGGCCCGAGCCCUGGUGAGCACGGCCGGCGUGGACGGCUCCCUGGAGCGGGCCGCCCGCACCAUCGACAGCUGGGGCCGCCGCCGCCGCUGCCGGGAGCCGGCCCCGCCGCCCGCCUUCGUCCCGCGACCUCCGCCGCCCGCCUUCUGGCCGCGGCCCCCUCAGCGCCUGCCGGCGCCCCCCGGGGCUCCCUGCGGAGGAGGACUGGGUGUCGGGGGGCGUCCGGGGGGGGCCCGAGGCCUGCUGGUGGUGAGCAGCGCCCCUCGGCCCCUGGUCCACCUCUUGCCCCCGGAGAGGGCCGGGCCGGACCUCUUUCGGGGGCCUGGGCGGGCCGGGCGCCUCUUCUCCUCCCCCGCUCUCUCCGAGCGGCGCCGGGCCCCGGGGAGUCCCGGCUCGGGCCGCCCCUGCCUCCCGCCCUUCCCGGAGCCCCCCGAGCUGGAGGAUCUGCCGCUCGUGCGGCCGGAGCAGCCGGGCCGGCGGGAGGCUCGGCUCGGGGCGGCCCGGGCCCCCCGCGGCCCGCGGCUGAGCUGGGAGGUCCGGCCCGGCCCCCCGCCCCCGCCCCCGCCCACCCCACGGCGCCGCCCGGGGCUGUCCCGGGGUCUCUGCCCCUUCCCCGCCCUCCCGCCCGCUGGAGGCUCCCCCGGGGGCCCCCGCGCUGACCGGCCGCUGCCCUCCGCCGGGGAGGGAGCCCACGGGGAGCCGCCCCGCAGAUCGUCCUCCUGCCCCCAUACCUACGCCAACCUGCCCCUGUGCUGGGGGCCGGGAUGCCCGCCGCCCCCUCCCUGUGCCAGCCAGGGGCCCUGGGGGCCGCGAAAACGCGGACAGAGGACCCUGACCUGGGACGUCGGCUACCGGGACCGAGGUGGGUGGGAGUCCGGGGCAGGGGAGGAGGAGGAGGGGGAGGAGGAGGAGGAGGAAGAGGACGCCUGCCGGGCACGCGGCCCUCCAGGGACUCAGGCCUGGCGGCGCAUCUCCAGCUUGGAAUCGGAGGUGUGAGUGGUCGGGGACCGGGGAGGAGAGAAGGGGUCCCAGCCGCGCGGGGCCCGGGGAAAACUGGGCGAACCUCUCCCAUCGGGGUACGAGCCACUGUCAGAGCUCGGGGCUUCCCUACAUCCCAUUGGGUCCCCGCUGCCCCCUGGCACUGCUGAGCAGGCUGAAUCCCACACCUUCCACCGUCAUCAGGGUAACUCCACUGACCUCUGACCCGGGGGGGCGGGGGGCGGUUGCUGCGGAAAGUCGGUCCGGGAUCCG